AUGGCUGACCUUUCCCACCUCGUUAAGGUCUUCGGAUCCCUUGAAGCUCUCCGUGGCAAGAAGAUUGUCAUGUCCUGGGCUUAUUCUCCAUCCUACGGCAAACCACUCUCUGUUCCACAAGGUUUCAUCGCCCUUCUUUCUCGCUUUGGCACAAACCUCGUCCUUGCUCACCCAGAAGGCUACGAUCUCAUUCCAGAAAUCAUCGAAAUUACAAAGCAGAACGCAGCUAAGGCUGGUGGCUCAUUCGAGAUCACACACGACAUGAGAAAGGCCUUCGUCGAUGCUGAUGUCGUUUAUCCAAAGUCUUGGGCUCCAAUGUGGAUUUCCGAGAAGAGAACAGCUCAACUCAAGAAGAAGGACUAUGAUGGUCUUAAGGCAACAGAGAAGGAGUGCCUCGAACUCAACAAGAAGUACAUCGACUGGCAAUGCGAUGACGAGAUGAUGGCCACAACAAAGAAUGGAAAGGCUCUCUACAUGCACUGCCUUCCAGCUGAUAUCUCAGGACUCUCCUGCGAACGUGGUGAAAUUACAAACGAAUGCUUCCAGAAGAAUCGCCUUGAUACUUACUUCGAAGCUUCCCACAAGCCAUUCAUCAUUGCUUCCAUGAUCAUGCACUGCAAGUGCAAGUCUGUUGCUGCUGCCAUCAAGGGCAUCAUCGCUCGCAAUGAGAAGAAUCAGGAAUUUCAAAUGACUGAUUACUUAUAUAGUAAACACUUUAAGAUAAUAUUAAUAAUAUCAAUGUAA